AUGCUGCGCCUGCCCGCGCUCCUCCGCCUCCCCUCUAAGCUACGGCGGCGGGCCCGGCGCCGGAGGAUGACCACCCUCGUCUCACUACUCGCCAUCCUGGCCCUGCUCCUGCUGCCCUUCUACGUCGUGUACAAGCCGCCGCGCGCGCUGAUCCGGUACUUCUCGCGGCGGUGGCCCGACGUGCUGUGGGAGGUCCCCACCGACCAGAAGGUCGUCGCCCUGACCAUCGACGACGCCCCCUCCGAGCACACCCAGGAGAUCCUCGGCGUGCUCAACGGCCACGAGGCCACCGCCACGUUUUUCGUCAUAGGCGGCCAGGUCCCCGGCCGCGAAGAGACCCUCGCGGACAUCGUGCGCAGCGGCAGCGAGCUCGGCAACCACGCGAUGCACGACGAGCCCUCGCGCGCCCUGCCGGACGAGGAGCUCGCCGCGCAGAUCGAGGCCGUGCGCGAGCGCAUCCGGGACGCGUACGCGACGGCCAGCGGCGCCGAGCACCCGCGCAUGCCGCCGCAGUACUUCCGGCCCGGGUCCGGCUUCUUCAGCGACCGGAUGCGCGCGCUCGUCGACAAGCUCGGCUACGGGAUCGUGCUCGGCAGCGUGUACCCGCACGACGCGCAGAUCGGCUGGGCCUGGCUCAACGCCCGCCACGUCCUGAGCAUGGUGCGCCCCGGCGCCGUGAUCGUGUGCCACGACCGCCGGAGCUGGACCGCGCCUAUGCUGCGCAAGGUGCUGAAGAAGUUGAAGAAGGACGGGUACCGCGUCGUCAGCUUGACGGAGAUGCUCGAGAUAACGGGGCAGCGAUGA